CCUUUCCUCCUAGCGUUUUCCAUUCAUCACACAGAGCUCUCUCUCUCUCUCUCUGUCUCUCUCUAUGUGAGAAGAAUUUUCCAUUGAAAGAAAGUGGUUUUCGAACCACUGAAAGUACUUUCUUACUCAAUCAAGAAAAGGGUCCAAAGCCUUUGUACCCAACAACUCAUAUUCAAGAUUGUUCCAAGAAAGUAAAGCGUCUUAAAUGUGGACUACUGACAAGAAUUUUCCGGCCAGGGGGUUCUCGACUCCGCCGCCGCAUACCGGGAAGUCAAGGCGGUGGUCUCCGGGAACUCCGGUGAGGCCUUUAUCGGAGAAGAAGGUGUGGAAUUCGACUCGGGCUAAAGCUGAUCUCUUCCAUGUCAUUCACAAAGUCCCCUCCGGUGACUCUCCCUAUGUCAGGGCUAAACAUGUUCAGCUGAUAGAAAAGGAUCCAAGCAAGGCCAUUUCCCUCUUCUGGGCUGCAAUAAAUUCUGGUGAUCGAGUUGAUAGUGCCUUGAAAGACAUGGCAGUUGCAAUGAAACAACUGAAUCGAUCUGAUGAGGCAAUUGAGGCCAUUAAAUCUUUUCGCCAUCUAUGCCCCCUUGAAUCUCAGGAAUCUCUUGACAACGUGCUAGUUGAACUCUACAAGAGAUCUGGUAGGAUUGAAGAACAGAUUGAAAUGCUUCAACAUAAAGUGAAGACUAUUGAAGAAGGCAUGGCAUUUGGGGGGAAGAGAACAAAAGCUGCUAGAUCUCAAGGGAAGAAGAUUCAAAUCACCAUUGAUCAAGAGUAUUCAAGGUUAUUGGGGAACUUGGCCUGGGCAUACUUGCAGCAGAAUAAUUUCAAAUCCGCAGAAGAGCUUUAUAGGAAAGCACUAUCUCUUGAGUCAGACAAGAACAAGCAGUGCAACCUGGCAAUCUGCUUGAUGCAUUUGAACAGGACGACAGAAGCUAAGAUUCUGCUUCAAUCCAUACGACCAUCACUUAUAGAUGGACAACUUGAUGAAUCAUAUGCCAGAUCCUUUGAGCGUGCUACUCAGAUGCUGACAGAAAUUGAAUCAAGGGAAGCACCGCUAUUGAAGAAAGGAUCAUACAGCGAGAACUGUUCAAACAUUUCAUUCGCUGAUACAUUGAAGAAAGGAUCACACAACGAAAACCCAUAUGAAAGAACAGCUGAGUUCGGCAGCAAAAGGACUGGUGGAAUAGAAAUAGGUUCCUCCUACAAGAAAACAUAUGGUUCUCCAUUUCUUCCUGCUAGAGGAAUCCCAAAAGUUCCAUUUACACAACCAAGAAGGGCAUUUUGGGGAGAUCAGAGAAGGGAUUUCCUGGGAGAUGAUGCAGUUGGUGGUUUUAACCGUAAAUUAUCAUUUGAGCAACCUAUUAUGAGGCAUGGAAAUUUUGAAAUGUCAAAUGCAACUUCGCAAAAAUCAGAAAGUGGCUCACCAUGUUUUAGUGGAGAUUGGAAAAAGAGGUCAUGGCGUGAUCUUGAUGAAGUGAACCGUGAAUCUUCUCUACAACACAUUGAAGAUGAUGUGAAGCUGACUGAGGAACUCCAAAGCCAAUGCAAUUCUGUUGCAGGAAAUCUAGAACACUCCCAGGAUUUUUCAAUAUGUAAAAGUACGAAGACUUGGGCAGACAUGGUUGAAGAAGAUGAACAAGAGUUGUUAAGUGGAAUAAACCAUUGUCAGGAAUGGAACAGUGGAGAAGAAGGAUUCAACGAUGAGAAUAUGAAUUCCUCCAAUAUAAUUUAUCAUCAGACUCUCACUCCAUUCGAUCAGAUAGAGAAACUCAGCGAAAAUAUUGAAUCUUUUGAUUUAAAAGACGGGUAUCUUACUCAACCUGAAACUGCUGAUUCAUCUUCAUCAAUGAACCAAACAGUGAGGCGGUCUUUGUGCUUUGAUCAGCAGCAGAAGACAGAUAGAACAGACAAUUACUGUUCAUCAACGUGGCCAAAGAAGGUCUUGAACUUUGAAGGUCACGGCUCUUUCCUGGAAAACGAAAGGGAAUUCACUUCUGGAAAUGGUAUAAAAUUAUUGAGGAGAAACAGGUUGAAGGUGUUCAGGGACAUAACUCUUUCUUCUGAAAGUCCACGGCUUUGAAUUGGAUUCUCAUAUCAAACAAGAAUUGUCUCUUACCACUAAUGAUCACAUAGUUCACGGAUUUUGAUUUGUUUUAAAUAAGCGGUGCUGGUGGAUGGUCCUUUCUUGAUUUACUUACACUUUGGUGCUUGCUUUUGUGUUCUUUGUGUAAAUUUGUGUAUUUGGGUACAUAGAUACUGUAAUGAAGAUUGUUAUUGAAUUCUAUUAGUAUGAAAUUUCACACUAUCUUGGAUGCUCCAAAUUGCAGCUUGAA